GCCAUACUCUACGGCCUCUUAAGCCCUGAAGAGCGCUCCCAUUCAGGACUGGGUCUCACGCUUCCAAACGAUCACUUAAAUGCUUCACAAAUUUUUGGUUAUGAAUUUAUAUCGACUUUUAUAGUGGUUUUGGCCUUUUUAGCCAAUUCUGAUCCCCAACGAUCUGAUGCAGGAUUUAAGUCCUUAUCCAUUGGAUUUGCAUAUUCUGUCGCUCAUCUAUUUUCCUUCCGCCACACGGGAGCCUCACUAUCUCCCGCCCGAUCUUUUGGUCCGGCCGUCAUAAAAGGCAUUUGGCGCUACCAUUGGAUCUAUUGGAUCGCACCACUCAUCGCAGGUAUGUUAAGCGGGUUUACCUACGAAUACAUCCGAUCGACCACUUCGACUGAAAGCCAGUCCCUGAAGAGAUCGUUUAGGAGGAGCUCUCAAGGAGUCAAACGCGACCAGAGCUCUAAUCUCAGUAAUUAUGAAACAGAAUUUACUAUCACUUCCACUGAAUGUCCCCGAUAUUGACAUUUCAUUUGCAUAUUUCUAUCAAUCAUAC